UUGAGACACAGCUCGGCUCGCUCUCUUUCUCUCUCACUCUCGAUCUCUGCUCAGAGUUUGAUCUUCACUCAGUGAAAUCUGACUCUUCAUUCACUCGUGUUCUUGCCCUUAAAGAGAACAAAUGUCAAUACGAGAUAAUGGAGCAGGUGGACAACUUUCAUUAGCGCUUUAAUUUAAUUUGCAUCUUUAUCUGAAGCUUUGAUUGACAGUUUGACACUUGGCGGUGCGGCGCGCGCGCGGCUGCCCUCCGUGUUUCAGUGGACGUCCAUCUCUCAUUUGACCAUUUUAAGACUCUUUAACAUGCCGAACUGCUAUGUGCCGCGCUGAAAACAGGACUGCUUUCGUCUGUCGGUAACCUCAGAAUAUAAAAGCGACAGUUUGGCGACAUUUCAUAUCAGUUCUCUUCAGACGCGCGCAGAAAUGGAUCUUAUGGGAAUCUACCUGCUUCAUCUCAGCUUUGCCGCAUUGCAGGUGCUGCUUUAUGCUAGCAGAGACUGUCUUAUAGCGGGAGACACUUGUUCAAGUGAUGAGACGUGCAGUCCUCGUCUUCGGACCCUCCGUCAGUGUGUUGCUGGAAACGGCAGCAUGAAGCUCGGCCCUGGAGCUCGCAGUCAGUGUGCAAACGCUGUGUCUGCCCUGCUGUCUACUCCUCUCCACCGCUGCCAGUGCAGACGGGGCAUGAAGAGAGAAAAAAACUGUCUCAGCAUAUACUGGAGUCUCCACCAGUCUGGCAUGCAUGGGCUUAACCUGGUAGAGAACUAUCCGUAUGAAACAGUGGAGAAAGGCUAUGAGUUUGUCCGUCUGGCUUCCAUCACUGCAGAUUCUGAAAUCGGGAUGAGCACAGUGAACCGUUGCCUGGAUGCGGCCAAAGCUUGCAACAUUGAUGACGUUUGCCAGAGACUGCGCACCGAGUAUGUGUCAACAUGCAUCAAGCCCUCCACCAAAUCGGGUUUGUGUAACCGAUCAAGGUGCAACAAGGCCUUGCGGCGAUUCUUUGACAGAGUCCCUGCAGAGUACACCCACGAGCUGCUUUUCUGCCCUUGCAGCGACAUGGCCUGUUCGGAGAGACGACGACAGACCAUCGUGCCCAGCUGCUCCUAUGAGGGAGAAGAUAAACCCAGCUGCCUCUCGCAGAUGAGGAUCUGUAAGGCCGACUAUGUUUGCAGGUCCCGUUUGGCCCAGUUUCAGUACGACUGCCAGCCAGACGAGCAGUCUGCCACCGGCUGCACACAGGGAAACUAUGCAGCUUGUCUUAUUGCUUACACUGGAAUGAUAGGCAGUCCAAUCACCCCAAACUAUGUGGACAAUUUCACAUCCGAAGUGUCUCCCUGGUGCUCGUGUUCAGCCAGCGGGAAUCUGAAGGAUCAGUGCUCUGACUUCCUGGACUAUUUCACAAACAACGUCUGUUUACAGAACGCUCUCCUGACGUUUGGAAACGGAUUGGACUUCACACCCACUCCCACCCAACUGCUGCGGUUAAACCCUGCCACAGACAGGGGGCCAUGGAGGACGACGUCUGUGUUUGUCACGCUGGAGACUGAACAGAGCACUCUGAGCCCAGCUAAACCCACACAGGACUCUGUGAAGGUGAGACUUUGGUCUGACUCCACCCCGUCCUUCGACACACAGCAGAACUCUGCUCAAGCACUUGCCGUGACAUCACUACUUGUCUGGAUUUGUUUGUUUCUUAGCCUCUUGCUCAGCUGUGAUCAGUAAACAGACUAAAGACUUUUGGGACAUCUCUUCUGACAGGACCAUGGUUGUGGACCAAAUGGAACAUAUUCAGCUCCAGAGCUGGAGAAACUGGCCAUACUGGCCUCAUUUUUUCUGACAUUGAAGUCAUCGUGUUAUCUCUGUUUCUGUGGAGCCACCAGUAAAACCUACAGAAUCUGAAUUCGCAAGGCACUUUUGUAGAAAUGAAUGUGGUUAGUCAAACACAAAGGCCAGUGGAAAAUGUACCUGUACAUAUGUAAAUAAUGUCGCCACAGAGUCAAUAUGAAACUGUGCUGUUUAUUCAGAAUUUCAUUGUAAAAUCAUAUUUUUUCGAAUCGAAUUCAAAAGACUAAAUCUAACAAGUUUCUAAAGCCCAAAUUACCUUCUAGCACUCCAAAAUCAAUUCCUGAUGAAAUGUGGAGAGGAGUGAAAUGAAGCUUUUUCUUCUUUCUUUUAUAGUUCCUCAUGCAUCAGUUCAACCAUUUGGAGAAACCCUUGAGGAAAACGGAUUUAAUAUCAUUCUGUUCAACUUGACUGAAAAGAAGACAUAGGCUACUUCUGAUCAAUCAUGAAAUGGUAAAGCCUUUGGGUGGGAGUAAACAAUACUCUUCCCGAGGCCCUCAAAAUAUAGACUGUGCUAUUGGGACAUAAGCUACUUCAACUAACCAAUCUUCAGAUGCUGAUUUGAGACUCAUUCAUCUUAGUUCUGGCAUCUCCACAGCUUUGUUUCCUGCCCAGUGCUGUGUCUUUAUGUAUAUUAUGGUAUGUUUAUGAGGAGUCCCGGUGGCUGUGAUUUUGAAUAUGAGGGACUGCGGCCGGAGAGGCAUUUAAGGGGUCCUGCUCAAGGUCUCUUGAUGUUUUUAAGGUAGGCUGGGAAUCUCAUUAUGGAACAUUCUUUGGUUCAUCAUAUGGCACUAAUAAAAGAUGCUGGUUCAUUUAAAGCCUAA